AUAUGAACUCAGACCAUGACAAGCGAAAGCUUGUUAUCUCACCUGAACAUUCGUAGGAGUAUUAGGUAAUGAGGAAAGAAAAAACUUUUGCAAUUUAGUCAAGAACUAAGAGCUAAUCAAACAAAACGAAAUUGAAAAUGUCUUGUUGCUACGACCUCUUCAAAACGUUUUCCGUUUUUGUUAUUGGAUUACAGUUGGUUUUUGGGGUAUUUCGAUGGAUUUACGGCAAUAUUGUCGGUCCCCAUUUUUUGGAAUCCAAAAACCUACGACAGUACGGUAAUUGGGCAUUAAUAACUGGAGCUACCGACGGCAUAGGCAAACAAUAUGCGAGAUCAUUGGCAGAGCGUGGAUUUAACGUUAUUCUCGUCUCGCGGACACUGACAAAGUUACAAGACGUCGCCAAGGAGAUCUCACAGUCCUUUAAUGUCCAGACGAAAGUCAUUGCCGUUAAUUUUACUUCUGGCCCAGAAAUCUACGAACAAAUUAAACAACAAAUUGCCGGAAUAGAAAUCGGAAUUUUGGUUAACAAUGUUGGCAUGUUUUAUCAAGGACCUGAACUAUUCUUGGACAUCCCCGAACGCGACAAAUUGAUUCAGGACAUGAUCAAAUGUAACAUCACUUCUGUUCCAAUGAUGUGUAGCUUGGUGUUACCGCAAAUGGUGCAACGGAAGCGCGGUUUAAUCAUCAAUAUAUCUUCAAUUGCAUCUUUAAUGCCUGGUCCAAUGAUGAUUGUCUAUUCGGCAUCGAAAGCUUUUGUCACAAAGUUUUCCAAUGAUCUUGCAGCAGAAUAUGAAUCACAAGGAAUCGACAUUCAGGUGUUAACCACAGGAGGUGUUGGUACCAACAUGAGCAAAAUGGAAGGAGGUGUUGUCGGUAUUCCAACUGCAAGGCAAUAUGUUGAAUCAGCACUGCGUUAUGUGGGGUACAGUCGACAAACAACUGGCUUCUUUUCCCACUCCGUGAUUGUGAUCAUAGCCAAAUUCAUUACCUUCAUUUGGCCUAAAGGAAGUGAAUUUUUAACUAGAAUGGCCAUGACUGCGUCACGUGAUAAGCAAAUCAAAGAUGGAACUUAUAAACGAACGAAAUGAAAUAACAAGAUUGACACAAAUUAUUGAAAAUAAUUUAGAAAUUUAC